AUGGUUAUUCACCACAACUUUAGGGAGUUCAAUCUUUAUGCUAACGUUCGUCCUUGUCGAUCUCUUGAGGGUCACAAAACCCUUUAUGACAAUGUUGACGUGGUAACCAUUCGCGAGAACACGGAAGGAGAGUAUUCUGGAAUUGAACACGAGAUUGUUCCUGGCGUUGUUCAGUCAAUCAAACUGAUCACUGAAGAUGCGUCUCGUCGCGUCGCCAAAUACGCAUUUGAGUAUGCUCGACAGAAUUCGCGAAAAGUUGUCACCGCAGUUCACAAGGCCAAUAUCAUGCGCAUGUCCGAUGGACUAUUUUUGCACAUUUGCCGAGAACAAGCAGCGCAGUAUCCUGACAUUAAAUUCAAGGAGUCUUAUCUCGACACGGUCUGCUUGAACAUGGUGCAAGAUCCGAACCAGUACGAUGUGCUCGUCAUGCCGAAUCUUUAUGGUGAUAUCUUGUCCGAUUUGUGCGCAGGUUUGGUUGGAGGGCUUGGUGUUACACCAUCUGGAAACAUCGGCGAAGAUGCAGCUGUGUUCGAAUCAGUUCACGGCACUGCUCCUGAUAUUGCCGGUCAAGAUAAAGCUAAUCCUACAGCUUUGUUGCUAUCAGCUGUUAUGAUGCUGCGGUACAUGAACAUGAACUCGUACGCGCAAAAAAUCGAGCGCGCUGUUUUCGAUUCCAUAGCUGACGGAACAGCAAAGACAGGAGAUCUUGGAGGUAACUUUUAUUUCGAUAUUUUUGAACUCAAUUAUUGGAAGCAUGAGUUAUGUAGAAUGCGCAGA